ACCCGCAAAUGAAAUGCUGUGUUGUUUUGCUUAGAAAACCUUAUCGGUGUUUUUAUUAUCAAAGUUUUGCCAGAGUAAUAUUAAUAGCAAGGAUCAAUAGUUGUAACUAUCUUAUCUCGAACAUUUCGAUUAUAUUUUGGAUGCUGAUAAGUCUUCGAUUCAAUCACUUCGCAUAUAUUCAUGUUAUCAUCAUUGCUUCGAAGGCAUUCGAAUCUGGUAUCGGUUGGAUAUCGAAGGUUACACGUGAAUUGUACAAUGGAUCCCCAUAUUGACGUCCUCAAAUCAUUAUUCAUCGGAGCCGUCAAUUCAGUUAAGCCAAAGGCGCUAUUUGAAUCGUUCCUGCAAGAUGAUUCCGUCAAGAACCAACUUCACAUUCCGGACAAACGCUACCAUGUUGUGGGCUUCGGAAAAGCAGUUCUUGGGAUGGCUGUUCAAAUAGAACGUGUUUUGGGGGACAGAUUGACCAGCGGCUGUAUUAGCAUUCCGACGGGAGCCCUUGAGCGGUUCAAAGAUGACUACGAGUUUCAGCUUAGUAAAAGUUCAAACAUUGCGGUUAUCGAAGGUGCUCGCAACAAUCUCCCCGAUGUGAAAGCUGUGGAAGCUGCUAGGAAAAUCAAACUCCUGGCUGAAAGCAUGACCGACGAGGAUAUUCUCUGUGUUCUGGUUUCCGGAGGAGGAUCCGCGUUACUUCCAUUACCAAGGAGUCCCGUAACUCUGGACGAGAAACUAGCUGUGAUAAAACUUCUUGCCUCGGCUGGAGCAACGAUCGAAGAGUUGAAUGUGGUGCGGAUUCUUUUGUCGGACGUCAAAGGAGGAAAACUUGCAUUGGCCGCCAAGAACUCACACAAGUUAUUUAGUUUUAUAAUUUCCGACAUCGUUGGCGACCCCAUCUCACUGAUUGCAAGUGGACCAACUGUUAAAAGUAGUGCUACCGGUAGAGCAUGGACCAUUUUGGAGAGGUAUCAUCUAAGUGAUCAAAUGCCUCAUUCUGUUGCCAAGAUUCUGAAUCAUACGGAUACUAAACAAGUUGAAGUUCCAGGAGAAAUCCACCUGAUUGGUUCCAACAAAAUUGCGAUUAAAUGUAUCGUUAACGAAGCUUCAAAAACAGGAAUCGUCACAGUGCCAUUAACAUCUAGUCUAUAUGGAAACGUCGCAACCCUUAGUAUAGCUUACGCUGAGUUGGCAACCCUCAUCAGACAGUUUCAGCAAAACGAUAUAGAAAAAUCCACUUUCCUACAGAUGGUUUCACAGUUGGGAAAGUCGCUUCAAUAUGACACAACCAAAGCUACUGAACUGGCUGCAAUCAUUGCCAACAAUCCAUCGAAAGACUUGCUCUUGGUUGCCGGAGGAGAACCCACUGUAGUAGUGCAGGGCCACGGAUUGGGCGGACGGAAUCAAGAACUUGCCUUAAGGUUCAGUUUGGAGUGCCAUCACAGAAAUAACAAAUCCGUUCACGAUGUAAUCCUUCUGUCUGCGGGAACGGAUGGAAUCGAUGGACCAACGGAGGCUGCAGGUGCGAUUGGAGCAGCCAGUGUUGUUGAGCAAUUCAAUGCAAUGGCAAGCGAAAAGUUUGUGCUGGGUUUUGUUGAGGACAAUGAUUCCAAUACUUUCUACAAAUUGGUGGGAAAUGGGAAAUAUCAUAUCGUUACCGGGCAUACGGGGACUAAUGUUAUGGAUAUUCAUAUGCUGUACAUACCUAGGGAAGAGCAAUAAAAAG